AAUCGAGGCCAGAGCAUGCGGCGGCGCCUGGUGCACCUGGACCUGAAGGGCGCCGCGCCGCGCGCGCAGUACCUGGAGCAGGUGCUGCCGCUGCUCCGCGCCCUGGGUGCCACCGGGCUGCUGCUGGAAUAUGAGGACACCUUCCCGUACACGGGGCCGCUGGAGCUGCUGCGGGCCCCCCACGCCUACAGCCCCGCGGAGCUCCGGGCGCUGCUGAGCCGGGCGCGGGCACACGGGCUGGACGUGGUGCCGCUGGUGCAGAGCUUCGGGCACAUGGAGUUUGUGCUGAAGCACAGGGAGUUUGCCCACCUGCGGGAGGUGAAGGAGCUGCCCAACGCCCUGAACCCGCUCAAGGAGGAGUCUCUGGCACUGGUCAAAGCCAUGAUUGACCAGGUCAUGGCCCUGCACGAGGACUUACAGUGGUUUCACAUUGGAUGUGAUGAGGUCUACUACCUUGGUGAAGGAGAGGAGUCAAAGCAAUGGCUGCAGCAGCAAGACAACACUCCAGAGAAGCUGUGCUUAUCCCACAUAAAAGCAGUUGCCACUUGUUUGGCCUCGUCCUACCCCAUGGUGACACCCAUUAUGUGGGAUGACAUGCUCAGGGGCAUGAGUGAGGAAACACUGGCAGAGUCCGGGGUCCCACAGCUGGUGCAGCUGAUGAUCUGGGACUAUGCACCAGACAUCGACGUGGAGGGCAAAGUGCAGCUCCUGGAGAAGUACCACAGGUGUGGCUUCUCCAAGGUGUGGUUUGCAAGUGCCUUCAAGGGAGCCACGGGAGUGAACCAGUCCCUGACACUGAUUGGGCACCACCUCAGGAACCAGCUGGAGUGGCUGCAGGUGGCCAGCAGGAGCCCUGGGGAUGCCCUCCAAGGUAUCGCUCUGACGGGCUGGCAGAGGUAUGAUCACUUCUCUGUUUUGUGUGAGCUUCUCCCUGUGGCAAUUCCAUCACUGGCCGUGUGUCUGCAGACACUAAAGAAUGGGGGCUAUUCUGAAAAGGUUAAAGAAAAUGUGGAAAAUCUCCUGGGAAUGUCUAACCUGGAAGUUGAUACUUUCAUGAGCACAAGUCUGGGGACCUUUCCUGGGAGCAAUAUCCUCACACUUGUGACAGAAGUUAGUUUCUACCUCAAGUCAUCAGUGGAUGAACUUCUUGAAAGGAACAGGUAUGUCACAGGCUGGUUCAGCCCCUACCACAGGAAAAGGAAGAUUAUUCAUCCUAUCAUAAUCCACCACUUCCAGCCAGAUGCAGUCAGUCUCCUCUGCAAGUGGAAUGCUGUGCUGCACGACCUCCAAGCAGCCAUGGAGCAAGUUUUCCACAGGUGUGCUAUAGAGGAAUGGAUGGAGGAGAAUGUCCACCCCAGCCUACAGAAGCUGCAGCAAGUGGUGGAUGAUUUAGAUGAAGCAAUAAAAGCACAAAAUUAGGGGCAUUUCAAUAGUCUGACUCAUUUCCUGGUUAAACAUGGCUAGUGAAAAAGCAGCAACUAGUCCUUGAGCUGGAGUUUGUCAUCUUGAGAACUGAAGCAUGAACUGUGGUUAAACAAAAGUGACCUGAAGGCAUGAAGGAAUUUAUUAGCAUAAAACACUUUAACUCAAUUUUCCUGUCUUAACACAUGCUGAGCCUUAAUUCACUUGCCUGUAAGUCAGGUUUGCUCCCCUUGCAUAACAGAAUGCAGGAGUGAGUCACAGCUCACUCUCCUCCAAGGCAGGAGAAAAACCCCAGUUUCUUCCAAAUUCGGAAUUUGUAGCAACAGACUCUUAUGUAACAAUAACCUGGGAAAGUUCUACCCUAAUAUUUAGGAUACUCUUAAAUUGGAUCAUUGUGUUCUGUACCAUAACUCCUUGCCCUGUCAGCUGUACUCUGAGUUGUGUCCUCCAAUUCCAUCACAGGCAAGAGGGAGCUCCUGAGGCUGUGACACCUGGGCUUGGAGGGAAACAUGCUGGUUUAUUCUGCUUUAAUGUCAAACUUGUCAUAAUAUAUAGAAAUCUAUUUUGGGGACUUUAGUGGAGAAUUGAGAUAAACACCAAAAUGGAAAUAAUUCAGAAGUAUGGUAGUUAAGUAUGUCACUCCACAAUGAAUAUUUGAAAUAUUUAUUUCUGUGCUUCACUUAUUCCUUUCUUUAAAUUUUUUGGAAGCACCAGUAUUGAAAUAAAUCUUGACAUACAGAAAGUAAACUUAAGUAUAAGACAAGCUUUAACUGACUCAAUGAGAGCCUGAGUAACUAGGGUCCACAUGCAAAUCUAUCUAAAAAGAACCAAUUGCUGUGUAUACCUGUCACAUAGCUUGAACUAAACAAGAUCUUAAUUUAUUUUACUUGAAUAAAACCUUUGAUACUCAAAGUGUUUAUAGAGGGGUGCUGCUUUUUUUUGUGUGUAGCAUGUUGGUUUGGUUUAAAGGAGGGAAAAUGAAAAUAUUCACCAAUAGAAAGUUUGGUCUAUCAGCUUAUAUGGAAUUAAAAGCUGGACUGCUGCAAGAGUGGCAGCAGGGUCACUUCUCAGAGGUAUUUGGGCUUCUAUUCUGUCCUCCCCUUCAUUAACUCCUUCAGUAGAUCUGUUCCCAGUAAUAAUUUAGGCAGCCAUUAAUAUUUUAAUACUUUUAAUUAAAAACAAUACAAAAUACUACAGCGAUGCAAAACAAGUUAUCAAAGUUGAUUUUGUCAAUGAACGUUUUAAAAAAAAAAAAAAAAGACAAUACAACAAGGCCUUGCUGAAAUUCUACUCGCAAUUUUAAAGUAAAAAAAAAAAAAAGAAAAGGCAAUUUCUAAACAUUUUCCAGAAGUAUUUUUGCCUCCCAGCCAUCUAUGACAUUCUAUUUGUUAUGUGAGCCAGCUGAGGUUUUGGUAUCUGUGUAACUUCAUAAAUACAGCCUGAGAAUCAAAUCCCAACUAUAAAUAUUUGGAUUUUCUUUGAGACUUGCACAACGGAUGCCAGGUAUGGAAUGUUUCAUUGUGAAGUACUGGAAUAUGAAGUUCCACCUUACACAAAGCAGUGCUCUCCCUCUGCACAGAUGCACUCUGGCUUUUGCUCACUGCAGCAGCCACAGCUCCCCUCCCAUCCCACCACAGCCAUGCAAGGAACUGCACUGUGCUGCUCAAGCAUGAGCUGAAGCAUCUGCUGAGUGGUACCACAGUCAGAGUAAAGGACAUGACAGAAGAGCUUGGUUUUAGGGGUUAGAGUGUUAGAUCUAACCUAAUGUCUGCUGUGCAGGUUUUUAAAUAAUUUAUAAGUCAUGCAAACUACAGCUGUCCAGGCACAAGUCUCUAGGUGGCCUGAGAUGCAAAGGUUAAUGACUACAUCUGUAAUAGUCUUCUAAGAGUACCUAAUUUCCUAAGCAAAACUAGUCUUUCACAUCAUUUCUUUGAGUCCAAGUCACUUUAUACCAGGCACAUGUAGGGCUCUGUUUACUGGGCCUUUGACUUUGCUGGGGCCAAGAGAAGUGAGGAAAACAAUCCAGGAAAGCCUUCAACAGAAUGGUGAGAAGUGGCAGAAAAGGAGGAUGAGAGAAGACUCAUCCAAAGAGGGAAGAGUGGACCCUGUCCUGAGCUGCACCUGCUUUGCACAGUUCUUCAGCUGAAGAGUGCAGACACUGCCAUUACCAAAUCCACGUGAACAGCAAUUGCAAGUUAAUUGUACAUGCACACAGUUGCUGCAUUGCAUCUGGCCAGGGCUUGCAGUUGAGGGCAAGAAGCUCCACAUGUGGAUCGAGAGAAACACAAGAGAAAACCCCACCAGCAUGUGCUAACAUGGGUGCAGUGUCCCAUGGCCAAGCUGAGAGGCUCAGAUAGAUCAGUGCCAGAGGAAGCUCCUGGGUGGAUCAGCCAGCAGUGCCUGACAUCCCCACAGCCUGGCAGAAUGUCCUCAGGGCUCCAUCCUGUUAGCUCAGGACAGAACACAGGUUCCCACUGGAACUGUCCUUGUUGGUACAGUGACAGCUGCCAAAUGCAAAAUGGAAAUGGCACGAGAGGAUGGCACCAGCUGCUCCAAGGGAAAGGCUGAGGAGUCAAAAUACUCCUCCUAGACACAGUGCAUGACAGCAGCCAUCCCUCUCCUACCUAACACAGCAGGAUAAGGAAUGAGAAGGAUACUGGAAUAAAGAGGUGAUGCUGCACAGGAUGCAUUUCAAGUUACAUUGGAUCUUACUAUAAGUCAUUCCCCUUUCUAGAGAGUCUGAAUUUUCCUUACAUUGUUUUAGCUUUUGUGUAAGAUACUGCAUAGUCUAAGUCCAGACAUGACUUACACCAUGAAGGCACAGCAAGCUGCAUGCAGUGCAGCUCAGCAGAAGCAGGACAUGGGAUGCAGUGCAGGGUCAGACCAACAGACAUACCUCUCAAAAGCUGAUUUUUAACUGGAGAACUACAGCAUGGUUUACAGAAUGUCAGCUCUCAUGGGAGUACAAAUGAAUGCCAGUAGAGCUAAGACUGAAGGCAGGUAAUUUGUCUGUUUUAUCCAUGGUCCACUCCACAGGCUCAGAGUAAGUGCAGUGCACACCAUGAAUGAAUGCCCUCUGAAUAUCCUUGAUUCAAAGCAGCAGCUACCACAGGCUGAGCCCUUGUGCUUACACUGUACCAUUACAUACUCUAGGACAGCACUUCCUACUGGAAGUCCUUGGAACACUCACCAUUCUCAUUUUACACUGUGGGGAAGAAAAGAGUUCUCCAAAUCCCCAAUCUCAUUCUCCUCUCUCUAAAAUGAGCAUCACCUGGGGGAUACAUUACAAUGGAUUUAAAUAAGGAACUCUACAAAGUGUUGCACACUGCAAUAUUUUUAAACAGGUUUGAUGAUUAUGCUUUGCUUACAG